UCUGCCCAGGGGGAGUUUUUCAGGACAAAAUUUUCGCAUUCACUCUCCUGACCUCGCUGCAAUCGUGAGAAAUUUUCCGCGACUCCCCAAAUUUGCUGGUUAAGCGCCCCAGCGGAGCCCCAAAUCCCGAGUGUAUUUGUGAUUUUGUCGUUUCUGAAUUCAAAUUCCAGUGAUAGAAUGCAUUGUCAGGAGCAAGAUGCCAAGCGCACGUGGAACAGGAGGAGGGAUCUGCCCAGGGGCGAGUGCCGUGGUUGCAUGGACACCAAGAGGGCGAUCAUUAAGGUGGAGCGGAAGGAAAAGUGGCCCAGGUUCAGUCCAGACGACGCGGAGGAGCGCCAUAAAUGCUCUCCUUGUGCCGCCAAUACCGCCAUGUUGGAGAAGAAAGUGAGUCGAGAGUUGAGAAGCAGUAUUCUGUACACGGUGUGCGAGUGUGGCAAGAGGAAUGGCCUGCAGGAUGACUGUCGCAAGAGCCUGUGCCAGGGAAGGUCGUCGUGUCUCAAGAAACCCGAGCCCGAGUGUCUUCCUGCGCGAUACUACAGACGGAAGAAUGAUGUGCUGGAGAGAAAGAUUGGGGACGGGAGUGGGAUUAAGAGGGAGAGCCACGAAUAUUCCAGGCCAUCGACUCCGAAGAAGGUUAAAUUUGAAGAAGGUUGUUCGUGUGAUAGUCCUGAGAGUCUUUCAGAUUGCUAAGAGGAAAUCCUUCUCGACGUCAUUCUAUUCCUGUUCGGUCCGCGCCUGGAAAUUUCUUCAUGCAGAAGCAAGAGUUGCUAAAUAGUGCAAAGAAAUAGAUUCGCUCAAGGAAAUAAACUUCAAAUUGUCUCUAAAUAUUAUUCAAAAAAUUUGCUAA